AUGCCUGACUUCAAGCUCUCCGCAUCUCUGGAAGGCCAUGGCGAUGAUGUGCGCGCCGUGGCCUUUCCAAACCCAAACGCUGUCUUCUCUGCCUCUCGCGAUGCCACCGUCCGGCUCUGGAAGCUCCUCUCGACCCCGCCCCCCACUUACGACUAUACGAUCACUGCACAUGGCUCAGCCUUCAUCAACAGCUUAGCAUACUUCCCACCCACGUCUGAAUUCCCUGAGGGUCUGGUUCUAUCUGGAGGACAAGACACCAUCAUUGAAGCGAGACAACCAGGCAAGGCAGCCGACGAUAAUGCGGAUGCCAUGCUUCUAGGCCAUGCUCACAAUGUCUGUGCAUUGGACGUGUCUCCAGAUGGUGGUUGGAUCGUCAGCGGCAGCUGGGACUCGACGGCCAGGAUUUGGAAGGUCGGCAAAUGGGAGAGUGAUAUGGUAUUGGAAGGCCAUGGAGGAAGUGUCUGGGCCGUGCUAGCCUAUGACAAGGACACAGUCAUCACAGGCUGCGCCGACCAAAAGAUUCGGAUAUUCAAUACCUCAGGAAGUCUUCUUCAUAGCUUCAAGAAUUCGAAUGACGUCGUUCGGGCCCUGUGCAAGGUCCCUGCGUCGAACCCAACCGGAGCUCAGUUUGCAUCAGCUAGCAACGAUGGGAUCGUCCGCCUCUUCAAUUUGCAGGGUGAUCUUAUGGCCUCUCUUUAUGGCCAUGAGAGCUUUAUCUAUUCGUUGGCCUCGUUACCCACUGGUGAGCUGGUGAGCUCCGGCGAAGAUCGAACCGUGCGAGUAUGGAACGGAACCCAAUGCGUGCAGACUAUAACCCACCCCGCGAUUUCGGUGUGGAGUGUUGCGACCUGCCGUGAAACGGGUGACAUCGUCACCGGCGCGAGUGACCGCCCCCUGGAGGUUGUACAGCAGUUCGAGCAGACCGUCAAAGAGUCGGCAAUUCCUGAGCAACAGGUGGGGAAGGUCAACAAGGAAAAGCUGCCUGGUCCAGAAUUCCUGCAACAAAAGUCGGGGACCAAGGAGGGCCAGGUCCAGAUGAUUCGAGAAAACGAUGGCAGCGUGACUGCCCACACUUGGUCUUCUGCGACGCAGGAAUGGAUUGCGGUGGGUACCGUGGUGGACUCGGCUGCUAGUAGUGGGCGCAAGACAGAGUAUCUCGGUCAAGACUACGACUAUGUCUUUGAUGUUGACAUCGAAGACGGCAAGCCUCCCCUCAAGCUCCCAUACAAUGUCUCCCAGAACCCGUACGAGGCGGCGACCAAAUUUAUCCAGGACAAUGAGCUGCCCAUGACCUACCUCGAUCAAGUCGCCAGCUUCAUCACGCAGAACACUCAAGGUGCUAGUAUCGGGCAAUCUUCUCAGGAGCAAGCGCCUGCAGGUUCUGAUCCUUGGGGUACAGAGCGGCGGUACCGUCCUGGAGACGCCGCAGUUGCUGAAGCUGCUCCCCCUUCGAUUCCGGAAUCACGUCCAAAGGUGCUUCCCCAAAAGACCUAUCUCUCGAUCCGCUCUGCAAACCUCAAAGUGAUUUCAAGAAAGCUUAAGGAACUGAACGAGCAGCUUCUGUCCGAGGGAGAAAAGGACACGGCUUUGAGUCCUUCGGAGGUGGAAACGGUUCUGGCUUUGUGUGGUCAAUUGGAAUCCUCUCAGCGUCUAAAAGAUUCACCAGUUGUGGAGUCGGGCGUGUCUCUGGUAUUCAAGAUCGCAACCUCGUGGCCCACAGCGAAUCGCCUUCCCGGAUUGGACCUCCUUCGGCUGCUGGCAGCUGCCGCACCGUUAGCCGCAUCCACGCAAUAUGACGACGAGAAUCUCGUGUCGGGCAUCUUGUCCAGUGGCGCAUUUGAGUCACCUCUGAAUGUCAAUAACGCCAUGCUUGCCAUCCGCACCUUUGCGAACCUGUUCGAGACCAAUGCAGGCCGCAACCUGGCGGUAAGCACGUUCGACCAGAUCCUGGCCGGAGUGAAAACCGCCCUGACCAACAGCGGGGACUCCCCCAACCGCAAUCUCACCAUUGCUGUCACGACCCUGUACAUCAACUUUGCGGUCUAUUUCACCUCUGAGGGCCGAGACCUGACCCCUGAGUCAGCCGAGCGGGGCCUGGUGCUCCUCGAGGAGCUGGUCGAGAUCAUCGCGGGAGAGAAGGACUCGGAGGCGGUUUAUCGGGGACUAGUUGCAGUGGGCACAUUGAUCAAGACUCUGGGUGAUGAGGUCAAGAGUGCGGCCAAGGAGAUCUACGAGGUCGAGAAUGUUCUCUCAAGAGUCGCAGGGUCCGGUCUUGGAAAAGAACCACGGAUCAAGGGCGUCAUUGAGGAGAUCAGGGAGGCUCUGUAA